AUGGAAGUGUUUUCGGGAUCCACCGUCGAGCGAGGGAUGGCUCCACAGCAUGUCCCCAUCUAUAUUGCCCUCCCCUCUCGAUCGUUUGCGAGACUCGAUCUCAAGCAACAGUUGGGUAUCGACGACCUCUUGGUCGCAGAAAUCGCUCAGUCUCUCGCGUCCGCCAUCUUCAGAACAUACCUCUACCUCUCGCCGAUAUGCGCGAUACUGGCUGUCCAGAGCGCCUGGAUACUUAGACUAUUCGCUAUGGCAACGCUCAACCUCGUUUCCCAGUCCGUCAACACGUUGUGGAACAGCAAUGCUGUCAAGCAGCUCCGGAGAAAGGUCGUCUUCGAAUUCAUCGCUACCAUCCUGGGGCCCGGCGGCAAUAUGUUCCUCCUGUUGCUCUUCUGGCCCGGAUGGAUCCUUCUCGGGGUCUCCAUCUUGAUAGCGAGAACAUUGUUUGGCUGA